UUGCCUAAUUAGAGUCAACACCAAAAUGUUUUCAAAAUUCCAAAAAGCAUCAGAUAAGGCGAGAAUAUUUUUAUAAAACAAGACACUUGUUUUCACUACAUGUUUUCAGAAUCAAAAGCAAAUACAUAUGGCAAAGAAGACUUCUUCUUCUUCUAAAAUUCAGACGCUGUACGAGCUUUGUAGAAAGUCCUUUACGCCCUCGGAGACAGCUCCUCCUUCCUCUCAAGCCGUCCACAGUAUCUGCUCCCUCUUGGACGCUAUUGGCCCUGCUGAUGUAGGGUUAAAAGAGGACAGUCAAGAUGAUGAUCGAGGACUUGGAAUAUUUGGACUUACUGGACUGAAUAGAGCAGCCCGAUGGGCUCAACCAAUUACAUAUUUGGACAUAUAUGAAUGUGAUAGUUUCACGAUGUGCAUUUUCUGCUUUCCAACUUCCUCAGUUAUUCCACUCCACGACCAUCCUGGGAUGGCCGUUUUUAGCAAAGUUCUAUUUGGAUCUAUGCAUGUCAAAGCUUAUGACUGGAUUGAACCUGCUUGUUUCCAAGAAACCAACAGGCCAGCGUCUCGUCCAGUGAGAUUGGCAAAGUUGGCAGUCGAUAAAGUUUUAACACCAGAAUGUGGGACAUCAAUUUUAUAUCCAAAGAGUGGGGGAAAUUUGCAUUGCUUUACUGCAGUCACACCAUGUGCUGUCCUUGACAUUCUCACGCCUCCUUACAGAGAGGAUGCUGGCAGAAAGUGUGCAUACUAUGUUGACUACCCUUAUUCAACCUUUGCUGCAGAAAAUGGAGCUGGGAUGAUUGAUGGAAAAGAAGAUUAUGCAUGGCUUGCUGAGAUAGAUACACCAGAUGAUCUUUACAUGCGCUCUGGAGUAUAUGCUGGCCCGAGUAUUCAGGUUUAGCUUGUAUGACGAAGAUCAAUGCUUGUGCACAUGAUUCUUAUGGCCUUAUUAUGAGCUGUUGAUACCAGAGAAAAUCUGUCAUUUUAACUGCAUUGAUCACAUUAUUCUCAGGUUUAUGGACAAUUCUCCUGCCUUCACUAACAAUCAUGCAUGGGCUUAGUAAACAGCCAUCCAUGCAAGUUAAUUGGCUGUAUUUACUGAGAAUAUGCCCAAGCUUUUGGUUGCAGUAGUCCUGAUGUUAUAUUAUUGUCCCCGUUCUGUUUUACUUAUUAGUUAGAAAUUCUGGUUUAGGUAGAAUAUGGUUUAUCUUUUUAUGCACCAACAAAGAAACCUUUAGCAAGAUCCUAUGUUUAAAGAACAAUCUUAUAGACAUUCUUGUGUGAUAUCCUUACUGCCGCAUUUACUGUAAGUUUGUAAUUGUUGCUAAUAAACUUUCAAGGUCAAGAGGCAAGAGUGAUAUUUGGGGAAUUAAAUUCUUUCGCUGACCAA